CUCCCCGUCUUGUUUGUUUGUUUGUUUGUUACUAUUAUGCUGAUGCAAAAAAUUUGUCUUCAACAGCUUUUGUAUUUUCAAACACAUCCAUCACUUUCUCUCUCCACCAACUCUCUCUCUCUUUCUCACUUGAGAUUCAAAAUCACUGAGUUUCUUAGUAGUUGAAAAGUUUUGAAGAAUCGAUUCUGGAAGAUUCUGGAAUCAUGGACUGUGUGGGAAAUUAAUCCAAAGUAAGCUAUUGAUAGGUUGGUUUUGAGGUGCUUAAUAGUUAGAUCUCUAAAGUACAAUGGUAGCGAAAAUCCGGCACACUGCUACGGACUCUCCCAAUCCAAGUCCAAAACCAGAGGUUGGAGAGAUUGACACCAGCCCACCUUUUCAAUCUGUUAAAGAUGCUGUGAAUCUAUUUGGUGAAGGUGCUUUCUCUGGGGAAAGACCUAUCAUUAAGAAGGCAAAAGCUUAUUCUGCCGAGAGAGUUUUGGCGAAGGAGACAGAACUUCAUGUAGCCCAAAAAGAGCUAAACAAGUUAAAAGAACAAGUAAAGAAUGCUGAAACUACUAAGGCUCAAGCUCUUGUGGAGCUCCAAAGGGCUAAAAGGACAGUCGAGGAGUUGACACAAAAGCUAAAACUUAUCACUGAAUCUAGGGAGUUAGCAAUCAAGGCAACAGAAGCUGCAAAAGUUCAGGCGAAACAGAAGUAUGGCGACUCUGAUGGAAUAAACAAUGCCUGGAAAGAAGAGUUAGAAACUGCAGUUAAAAGGUAUGCAUCAAUAAUGACAGAACUUGAUGCUGCUAAGCAAGAACUGAGGAAAACUCGUCAGGAAUAUGAUUCAUCCUCGGAUGCAACAGCGUUGGCUCUCAAGCAAGCAGCAGAAGCUGAAAAUUUGAUGAAGGAAAACACGUUAAGGGUAUCUGAGCUGUUGAAAGAAAUUUCAGCUGCAAAGGAGUCAAUUGAGCAAGAAAAACUUGCAUUCGUGGAAGCACAGCAACAGCAAGCAUCGAUAUUAACCGAGAAAGAUGCUCUUAGACAAUCAUAUAAAGCUACCCUUGAACAAUCCGAAAAGAAAUUACUUGCUUUAAAAAAGGAAUUCAGUCCUAAUCUGACGAAAAAUCUUGAGGUGCAGUUGGCUGAGGCAAUGAGUGAAAUUGCAGUUCUGCAAACAGAAAUGGAAAACAAAAGGUCAUCUGACUUGGACUCUGUGAAAACCAUUACUUCGGAGCUUGAUGGUGCUAAAGAAUCACUGCAGAAAGUAGUCGAUGAGGAAAACUCUCUUAGAACCUUGGUAGAGACUCUGAAGGUGGAAAUAGAGAAGGUAAAGAAAGAACAUUUGGAAUUGAAGGACAAAGAGUCGGAAACGGAAUCCAAUGUCGGUAAUCUACAUGUCAAACUCCGCAAAAGUAGGUCUGAGCUUGAAACCUGUUUGACCGAAGAAUCUAAGGUUAGAGGUGCAUCUGAGGAAAUGAUCUCGACGCUGAGUCAGCUGACAUCUGAAACCGAGGAUGCACGGCGGGAAGCAGAAGAUAUGAAGAACAAGACAGCCGAGUUAAAGAAGGAAGCUGAAGCUACCAAGCUUGCAUUAGAAGAUGCAGAGAAAAAGCUUAAAGAAGCAAUGGAAGAAGCAGAAGCAGCAAAAGCAGCCGAAGCUAGUGCUCUCGAGCAGAUUACAGCACUAACUGAAAGGACCAGUGCUGCACGCGCAUCAACGUCGUCGGAAUCUGGUGCCGUUAUUACAAUCUCGGUGGAGGAGUUUGAGUCGCUGAAUCGGAAAGUCGAGGAGUCUGAUAAAUUAGCAGACAUGAAAGUGGAUGCUGCCAAGGCACAGGUAGAAGCCGUGAAGGCUAGCGAAAACGAGGUUUUGCAAAAGUUGGAAGCAACUCAGAAGGAGAUUGAUGAUAUGAAGACUGCGACACAAGAGGCCUUGAAAAAGGCUGAGAUGGCCGAAGCAGCAAAGAGGGCGGUAGAGAGCGAGCUUCGAAGAUGGCGCGAGCGGGAGCAGAAAAAGGCAGCCGAAGCUGCAGCUCGAAUACUGGCUGAAACACAGAUGUCGUCGCAAUCAUCUCCUCAGCAUUAUAGGUUUCAAAAGCAGAAUCCUCCUCCUCCUCCUCCUCCUCAUACAACAGUUGAAGUGAGGAAGUUGGAAAAAGAGAAGGUUUCGUUUUCGAAGAAAACCGUGUUGCCGAAUAUCAGUGGUAUCUUUCAUAGGAAGAAAAACUAUGUUGAAGGUGGAUCUGCUUCUUAUUUACCUGGUGAGAAUCCUGUAUAGUUUGUGCAGAAGGUGUUGAAUGAAUGUGAGAGAAAACAAAACAUGUUGAUUUGUGUGUAGUUGAGGAAUUUGUUUAGAUUAUGAUAAUGAAGUGUGUUUGAAGGAAAGUAUAUUGUGUGGUGUUAAUAGUUUGGGGACAUGCAUUAUAUGUAAAUGGAACCAGUAGAAAAAAAUUAAAAUCUAUUGGUAAAAAAUAUUGGUAUUUUUCUGUUGAUAUUAAGCUUUCAUGAUUGGUGGAUUGAAUCCUUUCACUGGACCUA